AUGAAUUCUCUAUUUGAUGUGUUGAUUGGCUGGAGACAGAAUGAAGUCUCCUUUGCUGGAGACGUCUCGAAGAUGUUUAAUCAGAUCCCUGUCCAUCCGGAUGAUCAGAAAUACCACAGAUUAUUGUGGAGAGACGGAGAAGCUGACAGAGAGCCCGAUGUGUAUCAGUGGGUACGUCUUAGUUUUGGGGAUAAGCCAGCUCCAGACCUUGCCAUCAAUGCCAUUAAUCGUCUCUCUGAUAAAGCUCAAGUCGAAUCUCCAGAAGCAGCAAGAAUCCUAAAGGAUCAUACUUAUGUUGUGACGUCGCUGGGUCGGAGACAUCAUGCACCAGAGAAAGUCAAGAAAGUGAUCGAUGCUAUCGAUACCAUUUUGGGCAAAGGCAAGUUUGCCAUCAAGGCGUGGCACAGCAACAGCCCGAAGAUUGAUCAAGAUGGCAACGAUAAUCCGGUGAGUCUACUGGGUCAUCAAUGGAAUAAGAAAGCUGAUAGCAAUUGCUUUGAAGAGAGAGAAGUGCUUGCAGAUCUCAGUUAUUGUACGAAACGAAAACCUCUUGGUGUGGUGUCUGAACUGUGGGAUCCGUUAGGAUUGAUGGCGCCAGUUACAAUUCGGUUUCGAAUUGAUGAUCUCUAG